AUGGUCAAGAAUCUUCAUCAUCUGCCUUACGAAAUCAGGCUGACCGAACUAAAUCUGUUUCCCCUCAAUUACAGGCGACUGCGCGGUGAUCUCAUUCAAACCUACAGGAUCGUCAGAGGCCGUGAGUGUGCCAUAGACUUUGAUGAAUUCUUCGAAUUGGCUGAGACUGACCGUCUGCGUGGUCAUCACUUCAAACUGCAGAGGGAGCUGGCUCAUUCGGACGUCCGACGGAACGCCUUCUCUCACAGGUUGAUUGGGGCGUGGAACAGACUCCCCGAUGCGGUGGUUCUUUUCGAAACUGUCCGAUCCCUUAAGUGUACACUAGAUGCUCCUUUGUUGAGAAACUACUGUACAUAUGAUCACGAUUGUUUUAGCGUCGGCAGUUUGCGCCUGGCUUGCAUUUACCGCUAACUUUUGAAUUUCCGCAUUUGCUGAUGUAAGUGGUGAUAUUAUUUCUGUUUAUCGAUAUGAAUAGGGAGCUCAAGGGCAAAAGCCUCAUUCCAUUAAUAAUCUUACUUAAACUGUCUUAAUGUGGUGGACACCAAACUUAACGUCCCGGCCAGGCGUCAGUUAGCAUUUACGCUGAAAUUUGAUAUACUGACGAUUUUGUUGAACCCAUAAUCUAUUCAGUAUUUGUGGUUAGUUGACAUCAAGAACCGUUACCCUAUGCGGUUCAAAUUUGUGCGAACUGACUAGGACAGAAUAAAAUAGGUUUAUUUUUGCUCCCUUGGGCACUGUCAGUUUCCUUUGGUCUCAGCAAAAUAGCUAAAACUUACUCAUUCAUUUUGAUUGCACUCUGACUUAACCUGUUAAGGGUGUUUGUUUAACCAAUAAGGCGCGAAUAAGGAACCUAAGAUUCUAAGCAAAAUAUUCGGAAAAGUUUUAAAAAGAACCAUAAAUACAAUAUAAAAAUUGAAGUGAGAAUUUUGGUAGAUUUCAGGGACAUGUUCAGUAUGUUUUUCAUGAAAAUUGAAGUGCGUAGAUAUCGGCCUGACCUUAAAAGUAUUUUCCAGUUGGGUAAAUUUGGGUGUUUUCUAGUUUAUGGUUGUAAUAUAAAGGACGAAUAUUUUUAGUUGGGUUUGUUUUAAUUUUUUUUGUUAACGUUCUCGUGAGCGAUAUUCCGCUUCCUUUGAAGCCACGGUGACGGAUCAACAAGCGGACGCGCAGAUGGCGGCGACACGCAUACCGACACCUGGACAAGAAGGAGGAUAAAUCGGAAGAAGCUCGGACAUCUUCUAAUUUUACCUACCCUAUUGUCGUUCCCCCACUUAUCACUUGACCCCAACCCACGAUUCGUCCUGUUCCGAACUCUCGAUUUAAUAAACGUUGGGUUAUCGACAGUUCAAAUCUGAUAUUGUCUGUUGGAAUCCGUGUGGUCAGAUUUACAAACACUGCGUGCAAGGCAGAACCGUGAUGGAUAUAUUUACUAUGACCCCUUCAGACGAACAAACCCAACCGCUCUCCGAAGGCCCCAUUACAGACGAAUUCAAACCUUCAGGUAACUCGGAUAUUACAAUGGUGUCAGCGCGCAUGACAGACCCGUCAAGCCUAAGAAGAACACCAGCACCCUACUACCACGCCAUCCCAUCCUCAUUUCAUAUUUUUGAUGGAGAAGUAGACUUCGGGGAUUGGUUAAAUUUGCUUGAUUUCUAUUUAGAGGAAGUACCUGAGGACGAAAAAAAGCCGCGCCUUAUUGAAACCUCUGGCCAGCAUGCAAAUCAGCCAAGCACUUAAUUCUGGAGUAUUAGGACGUACUCCAUAUAAAAAAACUUAGUUGUCAGCUACGCCGGCUAUUUUCCCCAAGACCGUCCGUAGGACAGUCGACCGCAGUCAGCAGCCACACGAGUCCCCGCGCCAGUUCGCGGAUGAUAUGUUGAGAUUAUGUAAAGAGGCCUAUCGCUCUUUGAACGCUGCGGACGCCGAAGAAGUCACCCUUCAGCAUUUUAUAAAAGGGUUGUAUUCUCGUGCUCUAGCAGAUUCACUUCGAUUACAACCUCCUGCAUUUUAGAAGAUGCUAUCGACCGAGCAGACCGAUUCAUCGAAGUUGAAUGAUCCAAGGUUUCCCCUGCGCAAAAUUGGCGGCGGGCACCUGAACGCCUCCAAAUGACAAAUGCAUCUACUUCUACACCACAGCGUUUUGGGUAUAAUUUCAUUAAUGGCGCUAGAUUUCGUCCACCACAUCACAAGUAUCAACCACGCAGUACUCAAACAAGGGAAUAUCAACGACCACAAUGCCAGUGUGGAGUGCGGCCGUGGCAACCGGAGGAUAGAUACUCUUACCAACAACCUGGUAGUGUCUAUAUCCCUAUUUGUUCAGUGCCUUUUGACGACCCAUCAUUCUUUAUUGACAUUAUUGUUGAAAAGAAAUCGGUUAGCGCCCUCAUAGAUAUCGACCCUACGCUUGCCCUUGCUCAUCCGCGUAUCCUAACACAUACUCUGCUCGAAAGUAUACAAAAAUAUCGGUCUCUCCGUACGUUAGUCGCAACUAGUGGAUCCCCUUUAGAGUGUUCGGGGAUUGCUCAUGUCAGUUUACAAUUGCAACAUUCGUGCAAGGAUCGUGACUUCUUAGUAGUCCCCGGCCUGACAUGGGACUUGUUAUUUGGUAUCAAUUUUCUUAGCAAAUACGACUGUUGUAUCAAUGUCAGAAAGCGAGCUGUUAGUUUUGGUGAAAAAAGGACUUGGCAAACGUUAACGAUUCGUUUGAUGAGGCUGUUGUUUGUGCGAGAAUUUCUGCCGUUGUGAGUCUACCACCUACAAAUAUUGACGAUAUACUUAAAGGCCAUACGGACAUGGACGCGGAGCAUAAGGAAGAUCUCCGGUUAUUGCUUUUAUUCUUUCAUGAUGUGUUCGCAUGGGAUGGAAUUCAGAUUGGUCGUACGAGCUAAAAACGGCACACUAUUGAAACAGGAAACGCUAAACAGUUGUGGUAACCUCCGAGACGGAUACCGGUCCACUUACAGGCAGAAUUUAACGAUCUUCUGGACAAGCUGUUAAAAGCUGGGAUCAUUAAACCAUCCCAUUCACCCUGGGCGUCUCCAGUCACUCAAGUACCAAAGAAGGACGAAAAAUUACGUUUUUAUGUGGAUUACGUACGACUGAAUGCCCUUACCGUUAGGGAUUCUUUCCCUUUGCCAUGGCAUGACGUUACUCUAGAUGCCUUAGCUGGUACUAAAUGGUUUUCCUUUUGGAUCUAAAAUCUGGAUAUUGGCAAGUAGAAGUUGAACCCAAGGAUCAACAUAAGACGGCUUUUAUUCUGCCACAAAGAUUAUUUGAAUUUUAGACUAUGCCAUUCGGUCUAUGCAGUGUUGCGGCCACGUUUCAAUAACUGAUGCAGGUGGUUUUAUCACACCUUUUUCCAACACAUUACUUAGUCUAUUUAGACGACGGGAUCGGGUUCGGAAGAUCUGCAGAUGAGCUUAACCGUAGACUCACGGCAGUAUUGACAGCUUAACAUGACGCUGGUCUACCUCUCAAGCCGGCAAAAUCUUCUUUUCUUCGGCAGAAGGUCACAUACCUGGGCCAUGAGGUCAGUGCAGAGGGCAUCUCUGUAUCCCCAGAAAAAAAAUCGGCAUUAUCCGCACGUUCCCCACGCCGAAGUCAGCAACCGAGGUACGAAGUUUCGUAGGCCUUGCAUCAUAUUACAGACGUUUUAUCCCGCAUUUCGCGGAGAUUGUAUGACCUCUACACCGACUGACAGAGAAAGAUAGACAGUUCGCUUGGGCAGACAAUUGCCAAACAUCUUUCGAAGAAUUGAAAAGUCGACUGAUUUCAGCCCCGGUGUUAAUGCUACCUAACACAUCUACGGAUGCACCACCCUUUGUCGUCGAUACAGACGCCAGCGGAUUUGCUAUUGGCGGAGUUCUAUCACAGACAUACGAAACAGGGAAUAAAAGCCCUACCUGCUUUGCUAGCAAGUCUCUAAAUAAAGCGCAACGAAAUUAUUGCACCUACCGGAGGGAGUUAUUUGCCCUGAUGACCUUCGUCUAGCAGUUUAAACCCUUCUUAUUGUGGAGACACUUCAUUAUUCGUUCGGACCAUAAAGCAUUACAAUGGCUGCAAAAUAUGAAAGAGGCCAAAGAACAGUUGGCUAGAUGGCAGGAAACACUACAACAAUUUGAUUAUACCUGCCAAUACCGGCCAGGAACUAAACAUAACAACGCGGACGCAUUGUCUCGAAGACCCGCAGCAACAGCGGACUCAUCUGCGUACAGGGAGGAUGUUAGCGUAAAUGCUAUCACGGUUAGUGAACUGACACGUCACUAGUGGGCGGUUGCGCAAAGUACAGAUACGGACACGGCUAUCGUGUACGACCGCCAGCUCCACGGUAGACACCGCCCCACUGACACCGAGCUUUGCGGCUCUUCCGACAUUGCUCGAAUCUUGAGGAACCACUGGCAACACCUGCAUCUAGAAAACGACCUCCUUUUCUUCAAAGACGAUGCGAACAGUCAACUACGGCUUGUCGUUCCUGGGAGCCUGGUCAUUUCAGUCCGAGAAGACAUCCACAGAGAACUAGGCCACGUCGGGCAUACGAAAACGGGGGCCGCAAUAAGACAACCUUCCUGGUGGCCGCACCUGCGGGAACAGGUGACUACGUUCUGCAACACAUGACCAAAUUGUGCAUCUUUUAAGGGCUCGAUCCCCAGACGGAGGACACCACUACAACCUAUGACCACAGGAUUCCCGUUCGAACGCGUAGGCAUAGAUGUGAUUAGACCACUGCCUUUCACAACCGCUGGUAACUUUUACAUACUGGUGAUGGUGGACUAUUUUGCAAAAUGGGCGGAGGCCGUCCCAUUACGUCGGCAAGAUGCCGCGUCGGUUACUAACGCCCUGCUGAGCGAGUGGAUCUGCCUGUUCGGAGCCCCACUUCCCCUACACUCCGAUUGUGGAGCUAAUUUUGAAAGUAAUCUCUUACGUGAUGUGUGCGACAUUCUACUCAUCCACAAGACACGGGCUACUACGGUCCAUCCAGAAGGCAACGGACAAGCAGAACGCACGAACCGCACCAUCAUUAACCUCCUGAAGGCAUUCGCCGAUGAACAACACCCUCAUAACUGGGAUACACGGCUGCCUUAUGCGAUGAUGGCGUAUAGAGCCACUAUCCACUCCUCUACCGGCUACGCACCAUAUCGUAUGCUGACAGGACGCCACUUUAGAUUACCAGCAGAUUCACAUUUUCACUCCUCUCACAAGAUUCGGACGAACGGGAUAAGUAUAUACUCGAUUUUCAAGAGACGUUACGAGUCACACACAACAUGGCACCUGAACACCACAAAGCUGCAUACGACAGACAGAAGGAAUAAUUUGACCGGAGAACUAGCGUGUCACCCUUUAAGCACGGUGACCUAGUCCUACGUUUUAGAUCUAUAAUUCUGGUCGGCACGACGGCAAAAUUCUUUUACCCAUGGGAAGGCCCGAACCUCAUCACGGACGUCCUCUCACCCACAACGUACAUCAUACGCGAUGCCCAUAUGCCGGACGGCCCAACGUUUACGGCAGAUUAUGACGAACUUAAGCCUUAAAGAGGACGACUUCACAUUGCGAAAGACGAUUGCCUCCCUAGCAUCCCACCCAAUCCGAUCCCAGAACCUACAGUUGAGGUCGAGAUUGGUGAUAGUCAUGAUCCAACAAACAACGGCCCUGGAGACAGGGCCGUAUCUCAAGGAGGGGGAGUUGUAAAGGACGGAUAUUUUAGUAAGGUUGGUUUUAAUUCCUUUGUUAACGUUCUCCUGAAGCCACGGUGAUGGAUCAACAAGCCGACGCGCAGAAGGCGGCGUCACGCAUACCGACACCUGGACAAGAAGGAGGAUAAAUCGGAAGAAGCUCGGACAUCUUCUAAUUUUACCUACCCUAUUGUCGUUCCCCCACUUAUCACUUGACCCCAACCCACGAUUCGUCCUGUUCUCAACCCUUGAUUUAAUAAACGUUGGGUUAUCGGCAGUUCAAAUCUGAUAUUGUCUGUUGGAAUCCGUGUGGUCAGAUUUACAAACACUGCGUGCAAGGCAGAACCGUAAUGGAUAUAUUUACUAUGACCCCUUCAGACGAACAAACACAACCGCUCUCCGAAGGCCCCAUUACAGACGAAUUCAAACCUUCAGGUAACUCGGGUAUUACAGUUAGUCUAUCUGGCCAGCUGCUAAGAAGCGAUCGCAUAUUUCUGUUGUGUUUUUUAGGAAGUUUGCCAUUGUUGUCUAGACUAAGAGCUGGAAACGAUGUAUAUAUAUAUCAGGAGAAAGAACCAUUCAAUGUUAAGUCACCAUCAAAUCUGUCCAACUAAUAUUGAAUCAUAUAUCAUGUUGUUCUGUUGAAUGCGACGUUAUAGGAGUAGUGGUCGACUCUUUACUAUGGUCUAAUGUACUUGUAUGUAUGUUUGAUAUGGCCUUAAUAUGGACUUAAGCACAACUGAUAUGCAGGGCUUUAUCAAAAGGAAAGUUUCUAUUAACUCCUUAGGGGAUACUUCAUGCCAGGUGACAUAGCUGAUGAAAACGAGAAAGGUAGGAAAGAAAGAAUAUCACUAUCUGUUCUAUGGUUACCAGUCAAGCUGUCUUUCAUAAAGUUGAUUGUUUAAAGUGCAAUGUUCUGGUAUUAUUCAAGCGGUUGGCGUUAUCGGAUGCCUUUCGGAUCAAAUUCGUAUCAGAAAGUUGACUUGAAAAUGUUCCACCUUAUUCAAAAUUAAAUGUGCAUUGUUACUUAAAAGAAAUUUCUUAGUUUUUAUUUUAACCUUGAUUAGGUUUUGACUUUUCCGGAUAGAACCUGGAGGAGCAUUCCAGAUAGUGGCAUAUCUUAUGGUGUAGAAAUUUGACCGUUGGGACUUUGCGAAUUUCGGCAAACCUACGAAGAAGUCGCGACGGGUUCUCGCCGUCAAGGAGGCCAGAUUCGCCGUUACAAGGAUACCCUGAAGUCCUCCCUGAAACGCCAGCAAAUCAAACCCACUUACUGGGAGGAGCUCGCACUCGAUCGACCGACCUGGAGGAAGACAGUGAAGACAGGCGCUGCGAUCUACGAAGCCAACCGCAUCACUGCCGCCAAAGCGAAACGCGAAGCCCGCAACUCACAACUUCGUCCAGUACUCAACGCCGCCGCAGCACCGCUUCCAACGUGUCCUCGAUGUCAACGGACAUUCCGGGCUCGAAUCGGACUUGUUGGACAUCUUCGGAUUAACUGCGCCUCUCGAACAGCACUAACCAUCGUCCCCCCGUCCGCCUCUUCCUCCUCCUCUCCGCCGCCAACUAACUCUGACAAUUCUUCUGACCCACCACUUCCAUCCUCCUCCUCCUCCUCCUCCUCCUCCUCCUCCUCCCCUGCUCCAGCGGCGGCUGCUCAGGCGACUGUCACGCGCGCAACAACCGACACCACCACCACCACCUCCCCCGACUCCAGCGAAGAGGAUCUGGACUACACCUGCCCUCACUGCGACCGCACCUUCACCUCACACAUCGGCCUGGUCGGUCACUUGCAAAUCCGUCGCACAGAGACUGGCGAACCAGUGCCUGGAGCACCAACCAAUACCCACCAUGCUCGACUCAAAUGCCCACACUGCCCUCGCACCUUCAGGCAUCGCAUGGGCCUAUUCGGCCACAUGCGCAUCCACGACGACCUGCGGUAG